CCUGACCAUUCAUUUCUGAUUCUGCUUAUCCUCACGAGUGUCGCGGGAGUGCUGGAGCCAAUCCCAACUGUCAUCGGGCAGGAGGUGAUAUACACCCAUAACUGACUGCCAGCCAAUCGCAGGGCACAUGGAGACAGACAACAGUCGCACUCACAAUCACAACUAUUCUCCGAUUAAUGAUGCAUGUUUUGGGGAUCUGGGAAGAACCCGGAGUGCACGGAGGAAACCCACGCAGGCACAGAGAGAACAUGACAACUUCACACAGGGGGGCCGGGAUUGGAAUCCCAGUCCUCAGAGCUGUGAGGUCAUCUGCUCCACCGUGAACUAAAAUAAUUGAUUCUAAAUCAUAAACUAGUAUUUAAAUGUUAAACUCAACAAUCACGUCAAGGGUAUGCUAUAUGUCCCAAUUAAUGGAGGAUUGCUUCUUAUCCCAACAUCUCUAUUGUCGUCAGAUUCAAAGAACCACCAAGAAAUCCUGUAUAUUUGAAUAUAGAUGUAAGGCAAAUCUUAUGUCGUUCCCUGUUGUGACUGCAGCGUGAAUGUCGACGUCACAUCCGGGACUUGGGUCCCUUUUUUUGGUUUUCCCGUAUCCGCCAUUUCAGUUUUGAACUUAGCUGUCAUCGACCGUUCUGGUAUAUAUGGAAUUUUGACCCUUGAACUUCAAUUGGUUCUCACAAUUAUAACCGUGUGCCGUCGUUAAGGCGAGAAGUAUCCUUGUGUUUUCGCGGCUGAAGUUUCUCGGGGCCGCGACUUGAUGCGCAAACGGCUAGCUGCGGAUGUCGUCUGUUUCCCAAACGUGCUCGAGGCGCUGAAGUUUUGUAUGAGUUGAAGGCUUUCCGUGCGGAUCGCGGGAGGGAGAGCUGGGAAGGCCCCGACGACGCCUCGGCUUCGGAGUGCUUAUCAUGGCCGGCAAUUUUGACGCGGAGGACCGCAGCAGUUGGUACUGGGGUCGCCUAAGCAGACAGGAGGCUGUGUCGCUGUUGCAGGGGCAGAGGCACGGCGUUUUUCUGGUGCGGGACUCCAUCACCAGCCCCGGCGACUACGUGCUCUCGGUGUCGGAGAACUCCAAGGUCUCGCAUUAUAUCAUCAAUAGCAUCAGCAAUAACCGACAAUCCGGUCCAGCAAGUUUGUCGCAUCCAAGGUUUCGUAUUGGUGACCAGGAGUUUGACGCCCUCCCUGCUUUGCUAGAGUUCUACAAAAUCCACUACCUGGACACCACCACCCUAAUAGAACCCAUCAACAAGUCCAAACACACAUCCUUUAUCAGUAUUGGCCCUGGCGGUGCCCCGCCACCCCGCCUGGAAGAUGAAUACGUCAGAGCACUUUUCGAUUUCCCAGGCAAUGACGAUGAAGAUCUACCGUUUCGGAAGGGUGAUAUCCUCCGUGUUCUUGAGAAGCCUGAAGAGCAAUGGUGGAAUGCUCAGAACUCUGAAGGCCGAGCGGGAAUGAUCCCUGUGCCAUAUGUAGAGAAAUACCGUCCGACGUCUCCGAGUUCGGCAGUUGCUUCCAGUGUACCUGCUCCAGGACCUCCCGGAGGAAUGGGAAUGGUAGGGAACUCUGAUGGCACCACGGUCCAGCCUGGUGCACCGCUAAUGGGAGAUCCCAGCCAGUAUGCCCAACCAACCCCCCUCCCAAACCUCCAGAAUGGACCUGUCUUUGCCAGGGCCAUACAGAAGAGGGUCCCCAAUGCCUAUGACAAGACCGCCCUGGCUUUGGAGGUGGGCGAUAUGGUGAAAGUGACUAAAAUAAAUGUCAACGGCCAGUGGGAGGGUGAAUGUAAAGGCAAACGUGGUCACUUUCCCUUCACACACGUCAAACUGCUGGAUCAGCACAACACCGAGGAUGAACUCAGCUGAGAAAUGGACUGGCGGGUGCAAGCCUGCCUCACACAUUCUUACGCAUCAUGGUCACCACCUCACUUCCACUCUACCUGCACCAAGCAAAGUUUCUCAAAGUCAGUUUGAAAAAUAUCCACCAGACGCCUUUGCAUUUUCCUGACGGCUCCUCACCACAACUUAAUGCUCUGACUGACACAGUACAAAAUGAAAGAUGGGCUGGAAACCCUACCUUGAAUUUUAGAACAUUUUAUCCUUGCCAUAAUGACACAUGGUAUUUUAUCGCCUCUCACUCCUCAGGACACUACUCAUCACACAACUCUGCCAUUUCCUCAUCCUGUGUUUGAGCAUGUAGAUAAAAACUCAACACCACCAUUCAAACCUGGUGGAAAUAACAAGUUCAGAGGUGAAUACAAAGACAUUCCCAUGGUUAUUUUUAAAGUUGCUUAUUCCUUUAUCUUCAUAUCAGAUUUCCUCUGAUAAUUGUGGAGGUUUGAGGCAUUGCCUAAGAAAACACCAUUAAAUUUAGCUCUGAUCCAUACAACACCCCCUACCCAUUUUGUUAACAUAAAUUCAAAGGUCCAAAAUCUUAAUUGAAGUUUGAAUUCAUGUUUUUUUGGUAUUGUCGUAAAAUUCAGGUUUUAGCAGCAGGGGGGGUGUCCAUCAAGGUGAACAAAUGUGUGAUUCAAAUUAACAUUGUUCAGACUUUAAGACAGAUUUGUCCUUCCACUGAGUCCUAUUGUAAUUACUAUUCAAUUCACAGUAUUAAGCGAGCAACAGGAACCAAUUACAGCUCGGAUGUCUUAUUGGCUGUUUGAGUAUUAAUCAUCACUAGAACUUUACAAACCUUGAGUCUCUCUGACAAGUACUUUGGCUAUAACAUACUCCGUUAACUUCAUUUGCCUGUUGACAUACUAAAGUAUCAAGUUUAACAUUGGCUCAUUUGAAAUGUGGCCAAAUGACCCAAGUAUUCAGCCUGACUUUAAUACAUCAUAAUCUCUGUUAAAAAGUAAACCGAGUUAACAGUGUGAAGGAUUUUUAAUAUUUGUUGUGGAAUGAUUUCGUUUGCUGUUCAAUGAAAAUCAGAGCAGGGGCAAAAUAUGUAACUCAAUCACAAGUUGUCUGAAAUUAUAAAUCUGCGAUGGAUUGGCAACCACUCUAGUGUAGCCCGCCCGCAUCUGAAGUAAAGAGGUUUUGGUUGCCUAAUAUAUCAAAUAUGUUGAUUUGUCCUAAAGUAGUCCUGUUUGUUGUUAAAUGUAAUUUUUUUUAUUGUCCAUUAUACUGGAAUGGACAUUCAACAAAAUGUCCUUGUUCAGUCAUAGGGAAAUCAGUUUGUUCAUGUUGAUUGUCAUGAUGUACUUAAAAGUCCCCUAUUUUGGAUCUUUAGACUUCAUAUGGACCCGGUAUAAAAAUAUCUUUAAUUUCACAAAAUACCUUGGUUUUGUCACAUGAGUGUCCAGCAAAGGCUAGUCUGACAGCUACUCCUGUUUGACCCAGUUUUAUACCUGCUUUGUCCAUUUGUCCAUAUUAGGCCAAGAAAGUCCCCUGUCCUCUGAUUCGUCGUGUAGAACACCCACUUGUGAGAGCAUACGUGUUUAUGUUGACAACGUUGGCUCUUCACUCGUGAAAUUCACUCAUGAUUGUUCUGUUUAUUCGCCCUGGAACCCACGACCACCUACCAUGGAACAGCACCUAAUUAUGAACAAUUGAGACCCAGAAGCUAAGAUAAAUUUUAUGUAACUAUAGCCAUUGAAGGGACACUAGUUGCGAACCCUGUUGGAAGAGAGUAGGACAGCGACUACUGAUUAUUUUAAUAAUCAGUUAAUCUAUCGAUUAUUAUUAUUUUUUUUUUUUUUUUAGAUUCAUUGAGUUGGAGUAAAACCAUUUAAGAAUUUCCAUCCCUUUUAUUGUAAUUUUGUAAAGGACAUUACAAGGUGACAGAACAAAAAAACUGCACAAAUAUGAUUUGAUGAUUCAGUUUCUGGUAUGUUUAUGUUUCAGCGUGAAAAAUGUUUGCAAAUACCGUCUGAUCAAACAGAUAAGUCUGCUUUAUUAUAAUACAGUGAAUAUAACUACCGUAUUUACUGUUUUAAUAUAAGAAAUAAAUGAUAAUCUUAGCUGUCACUUAACUGUUGCACCUCUUUAAGCCCCAUUUAAGUAAACUUUUUUUUUUCCAAGAAAAAAUAUGUAGUAAUUAAAUGAUGCAUUGUGUGAUUAUUAUAUUUUUUUUAUUCCAUGUUAAGCUAUCAUUUGUCUUGGUUGUCUUCACAACGGAUUGUUUUCCACAUGAGUUAGUUUGUACCAGGCCUUAGUAAAAAUGAGCGUCACCAAUUAUGUCAAUAGGGAAAAAAAGUGCUAUAUGUGUGUGUUUCCAUUUUAUUGUACUUUUUUGCCAGCUUGCACCAAUUUUCUCUGUGUAAUUUCUAGAAAUAGGAACCUGUUUCUCCUUUGUCAUUACUUGCGCAAUGGAUAUUCUUUACAUUCUUCCUUAAAUGGCAUGAUCUUUUCAUUUCUAGUCACGAUUUGUGAUUUUAAGAGUUCACUCAACGUCCAUAUUAUUUCAAGUCCCUCCCUCAGUUCACACGACCCCUGCCUGACAAUCACUACCUUCCUCAUCCACAAUACACGUGGAUUCGAUUGAAGAUGACUGCAACAGCCGACCUGAUGUAUAGUGUGUUCUCAUCACGGUCCACUUUUGUCUCAUGCAUACCGAGUCGACUUUGUGUGGCACCAGGAACAUUAGUCACGCAGCUUUGAAAACACAUAAUUGGUUUUAAUGAGUUUGCAAUGAUGCACAUGGUUCCUGUCCAAAUUGUGACUUCUUUCCAUUACUUCAUCUCGAGUACUGUAUGUUACGUCCAAUUGUGACAUUCAAAGCACAUUUUUUAAAUCAGUUCGAAACAUAUUUUACUGGUCAAUUUGGAAUUUGUGAUCUGGGCACUGCAUGCAGCACAUCCUAAGCAAAUGAGUCCACAAACUAUAGUCUUUUAGAUAAUUAUACACUAAUUCACACUUCAUACAAAAUGAGGGGUGUCAAAAUGCGACCGAGAAUUGUUAAUAGCAGUUGUGUAAUUUUAUUAAAACACUAUUCUUUUGAAACAAUUGUAAUUUUAUUUUCUGUAGCAUGUGACAUGUUAAUAUACUAGCAAAAUAAAUGACAAUUUCCCUCA